AUUUUUAGGUUAUGUUAUUCUAUUUUGAGAACUUGUGAAUUGGGAAUCGAGAAUUUUAUUCUAUUAUAAACAAUUUCCAGUGUACACGGUCCGUGAAAACAUUUUGAGGAAAAUACAAUAUUAAAAAUCAAUUGUUUUAUUAUUGAUAAUCGCAUGCAAUAGCCUGAACCAUGUUCAUAACUAAUGUUUUGCUUAAAAAGACAAAAAGCAAAAAAAUAAUGGUUAUGAUGGAGAGUGUGGUAUCGGGCCACAAUUUCAACUACAUCCGGGAACGGUUAGCUGACAAGUUGGAGCUGAUCCGCUUUGACCCAUUCAUUCAGAGAGAAAGUGUUUACAAAGAGAAAAAGAAAAUAAGAAGUAUCAAGUAAAUCCAAUAAAUUAUUACCAGGUGUUAUGUCGUUUAGUUUAGAAAUAAAACAAAUAAGUCAUUUAAAUAAUAUAAUUAUAGUAACUUUAAAACAAUAAACAAAUCUUUGGAUACAA